CCCAUGAAAUGAAUAAAAUAUCUAUCUGUGUUUAGAUUGUAGCAAUCUUUGUCGGUUGACUUAGGUUUAUGCAAUUCUAAAUAAUGAAUCUAAACUGAAGCCACAAUUACAACCACUUUGCUCUUUCUUCAUUUACUUUGUUGUCAUCCUAUCAUGGCUGAAUCAUUUGUGUUUGAUAUUGCUGAUUCACUUCUUGGAAAGCUUGCUUCAUAUGUUUGUGAAGAAGCUUCUCGAGCCUAUGGUGUUUAUGAAGAUCUUCAAGAAAUCAAAGACACUCUAUCAAUUGUCAGAGGACUUCUAUUGGAUGCUGAAGAAAAGAAGAACCAACAACAUGUCUUGCGUGAAUGGAUGAGACAGAUUCAAAACAUUUGUUCUGAUGCUGAAAAUGUAUUCGAUGGAUUCGAGUUGCAACACAAAAAAAAGCAAGUUCUAGAAGCUUCUAGCAGCACAAGGAUGAAGGUAAGGCAUUUCUUAUCUCCUUCUAAUCCCCUUGUUUUCCGUCCUAAGAUGGCACAUCAAAUCAAAGAGAUUAAGGAUAGAUUGGAUAAGGUAGCUGCUGAUGGAACCAGGUUUGGUCUUGCAACAAUCAAUGUUGUUCCUGGACUUGUUCUGCAAGGAAGAGAAAUGACUCACUCCCAUGUUGAUGCUUUAGAUGUUAUAGGAAGGGAGCAUGAGAGGGAAGAUAUUGUCAAGCUUUUAAUGCAACCUCAUCCUCAAGGUGACGGUGAUGGUGAUAAAAGUCUGUGUGUUAUUCCCAUAGUUGGAAUUGGAGGAUUGGGGAAGACCGCACUUGCUAAGUUGGUAUUCAAUGAUAAGAGAAUGGAUGAACUGUUCCAAUUGAAGAUAUGGGUGUGUGUCUCUAAUGAUUUUGACAUCAGGCAGCUAAUAAUAAAAGUCGUCAACUCUGCUUAUGCUUCAGAUUCAGUUCCUGCGGCCGCGGCUCUUGCUCACCAAGAAAACAUUAACAACUUUGAUAUUGAGCAACUACAAAAACGUCUUCGAUAUAAACUUUCUCGUCAAAAGUUUUUGCUUGUAUUGGAUGAUAUUUGGAACGAAGAUCGUGCAGAAUGGAUUAAAUUCAAAGACUUAAUAAAAGUUGGUGCACCUGGAAGCAAAAUCAUAGCAACAACUCGUAGUAACUCAAUUGCUUCAAUGAUGGGUACGUUUCCCUCGUAUGUCUUAGAAGGUCUUUCACAUGAAAAUUGUUUAUCCUUGUUUGUCAAAUGGGCAUUUAAGGAAGGUGAAGAAGAUAAAUAUCCAAAUCUAAUGGAGAUCGGAAAACAAAUUGUGAGAAAAUGUCAAGGAGUUCCACUAGCAGUGAGAACAUUAGGAAGCUCUUUGUUCUCGAAAUUUGAUGUAAGUAAGUGGAAAUUUGUUAGAGACUCAGAGAUAUGGAAUUUGAGACAAAACAAAGAUGACAUUUUACCUGCACUUAAGUUAAGCUAUGAUCAAUUGCCUUCUCAUUUGCGGCAUUGUUUCACAUACUUUUCACUUUAUCCAAAAGAUUUCGGCUUCACAGGUGUUGAAAUCACUAAACUCUGGGUGGCACUGGGAUUACUACAAUCACAAGAUGGAAAUCAAAGGCUGGAGAAUAUUGCAAGAGAUUACAUAGAUGAGUUACGUUCAAGAUCAUUUCUUCAAGAUUUUGAGGACUUUGGGCACUUCUACAAUUUCAAAGUACAUGAUUUGGUGCAUGAUCUUUCAUUGUAUAUUGCGAAAGAUGAGUGUGUAGUAGUUGACUCAAAUACUCGGAAUAUAUCUCAGCAAGUAAGGCAUUUCUCAAUGGUUGAAAAUGGUUCACUUAGUGCUUUAUUCCCCAAAUCCAAAAGUGUGAGAACUAUACUAUUUCCCAUCGAAGGAGUGGGCGUUGACAAUGAAUCUUUGUUGGAUGCGUCAAUAUUAAGAUACAAAUAUUUACGGAUUUUAGAUUUGAGUGAUUCUUCAUUUGAGACUCUGCCCAAUUCAAUUGCUAAAUUGGAGCACUUGCGUGUUCUCAAUCUCUCUGAUAACUGCAAUAUCAAAAGACUUCCCCAUUCUAUUUGCAAACUGCAAUGUUUGCAAGUUUUGUCACUGAGUGGUUGCAUGAAUCUUGAAACAUUGCCUAAAGGGUUAGAUAAACUAAUCAGCCUUCGACAACUGUAUAUAACCACAAAGCAAUCUGUCCUUUCACUAGAUGAAUUUGCAAGCUUGAGCAAUCUUCAAACACUGAGCUUUGAAUAUUGUGAUAAUUUGAAGGUUUUGCACGGAGAGAUGCAACUUGCUACCCUUGAAGUAUUGAUUGUUCGUUCUUGUUCAAGACUUAUAUCCUUACCUCGUUGUAGUCUAUCUGAAUUAGAGGCUCUACUAGUCUCUGAUUGUAAGAUGCUACAGUUCGGACUGCCAGAGAAUCUUCAAAGCAAAACGAAAAGAUGGAGGAUGAAUUUUCUUCUUCUUGAUAAUUUUCCAGAGCUACAUACAUUGCCAGAGUGGAUUGAAAGAGCCGCAGAGACUUUACAGACCUUGAUAAUUUCAAAUUUUCCAAUGCUUCAGAGGCUUCCCGAGUGUUUGACGAGAAUGACUCAUCUUAAAUUGCUCUAUAUUGCCGACUGUCCUCUUUUGGAUUCUCUUCCAAACGGCAUGCAACACCUCACUUCCCUUGAUGAUUUGACCAUAGAUGAUUGUCCUAAAUUAUGUCGAAAAUGUCAAGCAAGUUUUGGGGAGUACUGGCCCAUGAUUUCUCACAUUAAACGUGUUUCCAUUGGAGAACCAGAAAAAGAGGAGCGCCAUGAAAGAGGGGGGUCUGUCUUUGGCAACACUGAUCUACUACCGUACCUUUGGUCUGAGGUUGUGGAAGGGAAAUGAUGAGAGACUAUCAAGCAGUGAAGUUAGUGCACACGUUUUUUUCAUGGAUGACAUAUGCUGAGGCCAACGUGCUUUAUAAGUUUGGAUAGUAAAAUCUAAACACAUGUUAAUGAGUGCUCAAAAUGUUUAGAUUGUAAAAUCUAAAACGUGUAAACCUGAAUGUUUAGAUUGUAAAAUCUGAAACAUGUAAGCCUAUAGAUCAUAAAUUUGUUUUGUGUGAUCUAGAUUACAAUGACACUUUAUGUGAACUGGAAUGCACGGGAACCUGUAUAAUUUGAUGUGUUAGACUCAUUUGAUGUUCACAAUAGAAAAAAGAAACUAUAAAAUCUUGCCCA